AUGACGAAUGUGUACGCACCUCUGUGUCUGCUGGCGUGUUUUAAUAUGAUCCUGGACCCCACUGUGGGUUUAGGUUUGGGUUUAGGACAGAAGCAAGACAUAACAUUUACAUUUUUAUUACCUGCCGGCAGAACAGAGUGUUUUUUCCAAACGGCCGUACAGGGUGACAGUAUGGAAGUUGAAUAUCAGGUGUUAGCCGGGUCCGGUCUAGAUGUUGGCUUUGUCCUGAUCUCACCCAACGGACACAGACUGGUGUCAGACUUCAGGAGAUCUGACGGCAUUCACAUGCUGGACUCCACAGAGGACGGAGACUACCGUCUGUGUUUCGACAACAGCUUCAGUAAACUGUCAGAGAAGCUGGUGUUCUUUGGGGUGGUCCUGAACAGUCCGAGCAGCAGAGGCGGAGGCCCAGAGCAGUGGGUGGAUGUGGAUCUGACAGACAGCGUCCAGGUGGACUACAGUCUGGAGGACAUGAGGAUGAGACUGGACUCGGUGUACCAGAACCUAGAGCGGACUCGACAGGUCCAGACCCUCCUGAGGGCCUUUGAGGCCAGGGACCGCUACCUUCUGGAGGAUAACCUAUGGCGCGUGUCCUUCUGGUCAUGUCUUACCCUGUUUGUGAUGCUCGCCGUGGCCGUGGUUCAGAUCUACACCCUGAGGAGCCUUUUUGAAAAUAACCAGAGGGUCAGCACGUAG